AUGUAAUUUAAUCCAUUAAAAACACCAAUCUAUUUUGAUAAUAUUUCAACUGUCCAAACUUAUGCUAGAUAAAAUCACUUGUUACUGUAUAUUUUUAAAAAUACUAUUUAUGAUCUCUCAGAAUUUGCUUAUAUUCAUCCUGGAGGACUAGAAGAAAUUUCUUAAUACGCAAAUACAGACAUUUCUAAAAUAAUUUUCAAUCCUAAAAUUCAUAAGCAUUAACCUUUGAUGCUAUUUAAAAUUUCUAAAUUUAUAGUGGGAUAUAUUUAAGAGCAAAAAUAAAAAACCUUACUGAAAUCGAAAUCUUCCUAAUAAUUACUCCAAUAAACAAGAAAGAAUUUACUAUCUGCUGCAGAUCCUGAUUAUUUAGCUGUUCCUGAAGAUUGUUGUAUUGAAUAAGUUAGAAGUAUCAAAACUCAUAGAAGAAUUUAUCAUUCUGAUGAAUAGAUAAAAAAGAAUAUAUGAAUAUAUAUC